UGGUGUCAACUAAAUCCAAAUCACAACGCUGGCAAAUUGACAGGCUUGUGUCUGCAUAUCACGCCGCCCCGAUCAACGUACACGUGACUGCUGAACCAUGCUCGGACUGAAGUUGAACCAGCGCUGCGCUGGCUCGCGGGCUAAGCCGACGCCGGUGCCGGCGCGUGGACGGAAGGCUUGCGUCUCGGUCCAGGCUGCCGCUUCAGGCAAGGUGAAGAAGGUCGUCCUUGCUUACUCCGGUGGCCUCGAUACAUCGAUCAUCCUAAAGUGGCUCCAAGAUACUUACGGCUGCGAGGUCGUCACCUUCACCGCUGAUCUUGGUCAGGGUGAGGAGCUGGAGCCAGCACGCGCUAAGGCCGAGAAGAUGGGCGUUAAGCAGAUCUUCAUUGACGACCUGCGUGAGGAGUUCGUGCGUGACUACGUGUUUCCUAUGUUCCGUGCGAAUGCGCUGUACGAGGGGACCUACCUGCUUGGCACGUCCAUUGCCCGGCCCCUCAUCGCCAAGCGGCAAAUCGAAAUUGCUAAGGAGGUGGGCGCGGAUGCCGUGUCGCAUGGAGCCACUGGAAAGGGUAACGACCAAGUGCGCUUCGAGGUCGGGUACUACUCCCUGAAGCCGGACAUCAAGGUUAUUGCCCCCUGGCGUGAGUGGGACCUCCUGUCUCGCACCAAGCUGAUCGAAUACGCCGAAACAAAUGGCAUCCCCGUGCCGCAGAAGAAACGCGGCGAGCCGCCGUACAGCAUGGACGCCAACCUGCUGCACAUCAGCUACGAGGGUAACGCCCUGGAGGACCCAUGGGUCGCUCCGGAGGAAUCCAUGUUCACUCGCUCUGUGUCUCCCGAGCAGGCUCCUGACCAGCCGACGACCAUUGAGCUGGAGUUUGAGGGGGGCAACCCCGUCGCGAUUGACGGAGUGCGCAUGAGCCCUGCCACGCUGCUCACCAAGCUGAACGAAUUGGGAGGUGCCAACGGUAUUGGCCGUGUCGAUUUGGUGGAGUCUCGUUUCGUGGGCAUGAAGAGCCGCGGUGUGUACGAGACGCCUGGUGGCACCAUCCUGCAGGUGGCUCACAGGGCUAUGGAGUCGAUUACCCUGGACCGCGCUGAGCUGCACCUCAAGGACGACCUGAUGCCUCGCUACGCUGAGCUCGUGUACAACGGCUUCUGGUUCAGUCCGGAGCGAGAGGCGCUGCAGGCGCUGGUCGACAAGACGCAGCAGUUCUGCACAGGUGCCGUGCGUGUGAAGCUGUACAAGGGCAACGUGCAGGUCUCCGGCCGCAAGAGCCCGUUCUCACUGUACGACAAGGUCAUUGCUUCGUUCGAGGACGACAAGGGGUUGUACAACCAGGCGGAUGCAGGCGGCUUCAUCAAGCUGCAAGCGCUUCGGCUCCGCACGCUGGGCGUCAACCGCUACAAGAUGCUUUGAGAAGCUCUCGAGGGGAUAUAAUAUUGAACCCUCGCUUCGUCAGACGUUGAGCGGUUGAGAGGCACUUGGCGCUUCCUACCGGCGCAAAAUCCCGAAGCAGUUGUUACAGACCCGAACUCGGGUGCACAGCGAAGCCCAGCAUGCACAUGGCUCAGCUCUUCCCUGUGUAGCACGGCAAGAGUAGGGAAUUACGGACUGCUGCGUUGUACUAUUUUGGUUCUCACUGCGUGCGAUGCGUCAGGUACAGCAGCUCUCGGUAGUGAGCGAGUGGCCGAUGAUGUGAAAAAACUUAUUAUGCGGCUGGGUGUGGCCCUGGGUGUGGCCCUGUCUAGUGGUGGUGGCUACGGCGGUGCAAUAUUUCGCAGGGCGAGGGCGCGCUGGAGUACAUAUCCUGGGGUCCAUGUUUUGUGGCAUCCUGCCGUCUUAUCCGCGCAUACGACUGCCUCCGGGUGUGCUGUGUGUGAACGUGCGUGGGGCAUGCCCAUGACUGGACCGGAUCCGCUUUUAAUGAGAGUUUUGGGAUCUGGUGUCGCUUGUCGCUUGCCGCCCGUGAUUGGGUGGCGAAGCACUCUGGGACUCGGACCUGAGGGGCGGCUAGGAGGCGGUGCGUGCCAGCAGCGCGGAUGGUGAAGUGCUAGGUCAUGUGGAUGCGGACCCCUUCUUGUGCCCCCCUCCCAGCUGCCGCAGUGCAAGGGGUAGACGGUACGUGCUAAUACACGCGUGUGGCCUGGCGCACUGACGGCCUGGGGAUAGGUAGAAGGGAGAGAUAGCAGGCGUCCGUUUUCCUUCGCAUUGAUCAAUAUUUUAUGUUAUCCCUCUUGGAAUGUAGGCGGGAUAUGUCGUCUGGGGAGAGCGAAGGCGCCGGAUGGAGGAGAGUGUGCAACAGUUUGCGUGUAGUGUUUUGUGACGGCUUCGAUGACGUGUUUCUGACGGCGGCCCAUGCAGCUUACUCCGGGAAGAUGGAACGGUGGUGGAAGGGGCUAUCCUUGCGGAAUGGAGUUUUGAUUCGCACCUGACAGGUUUUUUCUAUAGUGGUUGAACAGUCUUUGUGUGGAAGGUGCUGGUGGUCAAGCCCGAGCUUCUCCGUCCAUUCCCCACUUUGUUUUGUGUUUUGGUUCUAGCAUUGACAAGGAGCGUUGGUGGAUGGGGUAGUUCGCUCGGACUGGCUGGAAACUUUGACAAGAUGACUACGAAGACAAAUGUAAGAGACCUUCUCGGGU